ACAUUCACACAUUCCGUUGCGAGGACUGCGACGAGCUCUUCCAGUCCAAAAUGGAGAUGAGGCGGCAUAAGAAGUACUCCUGUCACGCUGUCGGCUCUCUGUACGAGUCCCUGACCGAGGAGAUCAAGCAGGAAGGGAUGGAGGACGACCAAGGCCACGAAUGCAAAGACUGUGAAAGGAUGUUUCCAAACAAGUACAGCUUGGAACAGCACAUGAUCAUCCACACGGAAGAAAGGGAAUACAAGUGCGACCAGUGUCCCAAGGCCUUCAACUGGAAAUCCAACUUGAUCCGUCAUCAGAUGUCACACGACAGUGGCAAGAGAUUUGAGUGCGAAAAUUGUGUGAAGGUUUUCACGGACCCCAGCAACCUCCAAAGGCACAUUCGCUCCCAGCACGUCGGCGCCCGGGCGCACGCUUGUCCGGACUGCGGAAAGACCUUCGCCACUUCUUCUGGCCUCAAACAGCACAAGCACAUCCACAGCACUGUGAAACCUUUCAUAUGCGAGGUCUGCCACAAAUCCUACACACAGUUCUCCAACCUCUGCCGACACAAGCGCAUGCACGCCGACUGCCGGACUCAGAUCAAGUGCAAGGACUGCGGGCAGAUGUUCAGCACCACCUCCUCGCUCAACAAACACCGGCGGUUCUGCGAAGGCAAGAACCACUACAACCCUGGCGGCCUUUUCGCGCCCGGUUUGCCUCUGACGCCCAGCUCCUUGAUGGACAAGUCGAAGGCGUCGCCCAACCUCAAUCAUACCGGACUCGGCUUCGGCGACUACUUCCCCUCCCGGCCGCACCCGGGAGCAAUUCCGUUCUCGCCUGCUCCCCCUGCGUUCCCAGCUCUCGCCCCCAGCUUCCCGGGGAUCUUCCCUCCCUCGCUGUACCCCAGGCCUCCUCUCUUGCCCCCCACACCCCUGCUCAAGAGCCCCCUCAACCACACCCAAGAGGCCAAGCUCCCCAGCCCCCUGGGCCACUCUCCGCUCCCGCUGAUGUCCGCCGUGGGCAACAGCAGCCACCCUCUCCCUGUGGAGGAGAGGUUCAACAGCACCCCUUUGGGGAACUCCUACUUGGAGAAGCUCAAAGCCAGGACUAGUGAUCUGUCGGACGCCAGUGACUUCGAGGACAUCAACACCACGACGGGCACCGAUCUGGAGACCACCACCGGUACCGGGUCAGACUUAGAGAGCGACGCAGAGAGCGAGCGAGAGAAAACGAAGGAGAAAAGUAAACCCCGGGAGAGCAAGCCAGAUUUCGGCGGCGGUUCGGUCCCCGCUGGUUCCGCCAACAGCACGAGUGACCUCCCCAUCUUCUACUCCCAGCACACCUUCUUCCCUCCCCCCGAGGAUCAGCUGCUGCCGAUGAUGGGGGCCACGAACGAUUCCAUCAAGGCCAUCGCUUCCAUUGCCGAAAAGUACUUCGGGCCCGGGUUUAUGGGCAUGCAAGAGAAAAAAAUGGGGGCCCUUCCCUACCAUUCCAUGUUCCCCUUCCAGUUCCUUCCCAACUUCUCCCACUCGGUUUACCCGUUUGCCGAGCGGAGCCUCAACCACAGUUUGCUGGUCAAAGCCGAACCAAAGUCGCCCCGGGACCUGCACAAAAUCAGCGGGCCCUGUUCGGAGUCACCCUUCGACCUCACCACCAAGCCGAAAGAAAGCAAAGUGGCGGCCCAGGUCCUGCCCGCUCGUCACGCCGGCGAGGAGCAGCCUUUGGACCUCACGAUUAGCAGUCGCAUCCGGGCCAGUCAUCACGGGAGUCGAGAUCCCCGGAAGAACCACGUCUACGGCGAGAGGAAGCUGGUGGCCGGCGACGGGGUGCCCAAGAUGAACCAAGCUCAGAUGCUCCCUCAGCCUUCCCUGCAUUACGCCAAGCCCUCCCCUUUCUUCAUGGACCCCAUCUACAG